GCCCAAACAUAGAAAAACAAGGGAUGUACAUAUUGUGUUUUUUUAAAAAAAAAAAAAUCAUUAUUAAGGGGGUUUGGAUCUUGACAAGACCUCAACCCUCACGGCGUUUUGAUCCAGUAUUCACGGGUUAGAGACUUGGGACUUGGGAGUAGAGGGGAGGGUAAUUAAUACCCUCAAGGCCUCAUGUACCCUCAAUUGCUAGGAUUUGAACCCCAAACCUCUAGGAUAUGAUGUAAGAACCUUACCUAGUGAGCCAACACUUUAUUGUUAUAUACAUACGAAGUUAUGCAUUAAUGCCUAUAAAGCAUGUAUUCCUCUUUUUUUUUUUUUUUAUUUAUUUAUUUUUUUUUAUUUUUAUUUAUUUUUUUACUUUUAAACAUUAAUAUUUUCAAUAAUAAGUAUAAAAUACAAAUAUUUUUUUUAUUAAAUGAAUCUAACAAUGCAAGACCUCACAUACUUACGUUUUUUUUAUUUUAAUUAUUGAAUAUUAAUCACAAGCGUAAGUCAAAGUAAGAUAUAUGUGAAUAGUGUCGAACUCAAAAUAAUGCCAAGUAAUAAUAAAUGAGGAAGUACAUUACAAUCUGGUGUGAGUCAGUGAGUGUGUGACAAUAUUUGAGAUCGUUUGGUUGGAACAUUUAAAAUGGGUUCGAAUGGAGUUAGAAUGUAUUCAAUCUAAUUUUUUAUUUGGUUGAGAUUUUUAUUAAUGGAAUCUCAUAUUCAAGGGGUUCUAACUCUCUCCCAUACCCACCUCGCCCCUUAAGAUUUACAAUAGGUACUGUGAUGAUGAAGCAUAUAAUCCAUUCCAACAAUUAGACCAAACAACUUUGGAUUAGUAUGGAUUUUAGAAUUCAUACCUUUCUAAUAUGAGAUUUCAUAACAAUCCAGGUCAUUCCAAUUUGAUGAACCAAUCACCCCUAAAGGAUGGCUAAGGUUGGACUCCGACCGAGGGCCUCAAUUAAAGGGGGGGAUUAUGGAUUUUUUUUUUUUUUUAAUGAUUAUAAGGAAUUAUUAAUUUGAACACAUUUUUUUAGCAUACAUUACCGGCAAAAAAAAAACUCAUACUAAUAGAGCCAAUACCAAGAUAUCUUUAGUCCAUAAUAAUAACCAUUAUAAAAAUGCAAACCAAACUACUGUAGCUUAUGAAUAGUACUUUGUGGUGCUAUUACUUAUGCGCCCCUGAAUUAAUUGAAUUGCCGAUUUUACCCUUUAUUGUUUAUGUUUCUUUGGUGGCCUGGCUUUUGGCAGCUGUCUCAGAUUGUCUUCUUUCUCUCUCUUAACUCUUAAGUCUUCUUCUUUCUUCUCCUCUCACUAUCUUUCUCUCUUCUCUACCCGCUCUCACUCUCUAUCUCCUCCAUUGGAACAGUUUCUGAGGUUCAAAACAAAAAAAAAAUUAUGAUUUAAUUUUUGUUUAUUUCUGGUGUUCAUCUCUUCGAUUAGAUUUUUCCGUUUAUUUGACUGAUUUAAUUUUUGAUUAUUUCUGGUUUUUUUUCGCAGGAUUUUUUAGGUGGUUACAGAAAUUGCUCCCCUUUUCUAUGAUCUAGAUUUUUCAUUUUUUUUUUUUGGUAUAGGAUUUUAAAAUAUUUUUGUUUUUUUUUCUUCGUGAUGCAGGUUCUGGUGAUGGUAAAUUGCUCGUGAAAAAUUGCUUCCUCAGCUUCAAUGAUGGAGGAGAUAAACUGUAAUUGGAAAUAAAUGUGGUAGGUCAAGGAUCACGAUAAGAGAAGGUCUUCUUAUGGCUGGUGCUGCCUCUGAACUCAUUGUAAUCAGAGAAGGUCUUCUUAUGGCUUGGAAGAGGAAAAUUCAGCACCUUGACCUUGAAACAGACGCUGAUGCUCUUUCUAAAAUGCUGAAAAAUCCAGAAGCUUUCAAGGAUCACGAUCUAGGUAACGUUAUCAGGGAUGUUGCUUCCCUUCUUGCUCGAGAUUGGGAUGUUGCUAUCUUUCAUGCCAAGAGGUAUGUCAACCAAAUUGCAGAUGCUUUAGCUCAUAUUGGCAGAACUAGGGUCAAGAAGGGGGAGAAAGAAACUUAUUUCUACCCUCAUGCUGAUAUCUUUGAUCAGUAUGCUGCUGAAAUCCUAGCUUACCAGCCCCAAGCUUAGUUUUAUCGUGCUGCUGCUAUUCCUGAUGAGUACUAUGCGUUGUAAUGAGUCAAGUAGGAUCAUUUUGUUUAUGUCCUAAAACUUUAUCUAGCUCUGUUUUCAUUACUUUCAAGUCUGUUUCUAUUCAGAUUAAGAGGAGAUUACUGCUUAAGUAUCUCUCUUAUCUGCUUUUGUUGUUGCUAAACUCGGCUAAGGCCUUUAUGAUGUAAUAUAAUAUCUCCCCCUUUUGCGUGAAAAAAA